AUGCACAACCUUCACCAAAGAAAUCCAGGCAUGUAUAAUGAUGCAGCGGCAAAGAUAUAUAGAACACCUGAGAUUUGGAGUGUAACAUUAAGCAAUGGCUUGGAGCCUGAAGACCCCCUCAACCAAAAAAGUCCAUCAAUCACUGUACUUCCACCAAAGGUUACUAGCCAUCAUGUUACUCCACAGAGAAAGCCAGAGCCAGAAAAGAAUCCAGCUUUGCCUCCAAAGGUUUCUGGGCAAGCAAAAAUAGUUCCGAAGGUAGAAGUGGGAGGUUGGAAGUCUGUAAAGAUGGAACAACGAACAUUUACGCAAGCGGCAUCCCUCAGGGAGCAGAAACGCACCAGAGUUUCUUCAGAACAACAGGAAAAACAAAGUAGAGUUAUUAUCGAUUCAGAUGAGGAUAUUGAUGGAGGUUUUUGUUGCUUGAUUGAUGUGAAGGAAACAGGCAUCAGAAACCCCAUAAUUGAUGAAUCAAAGGAAGAGACUGCAAGAAUUUUGAGAAAAGCUAGGAGGCAAAAGAGAAAAUACUAUUCACGAUGGUUGGACUUUUCUUCAGAUGAUGAUGGGCGAGAAAUUGUUGCUGGAAGUAGUGAUGACUCUAUAUAUGUAUAUGACCUUGAACAAAAUAAGCUCUGCCCAGAAUUUUGGCACACACGGGAUAGAGCAGGUCUGCUGUGCCAAACUACCAAAUCACAGGACUUAUAUAGGACGGCGGAAAAGAGUAGAAUCUGCCAAGAGAGAGAAGGACACAAAAAGUGUAUUCCAGAGAGAGAUAGAAAGGGGAAGAUUGUGACUUUGAUGAUUGUUGAGCGUGGAGGAAGUAGCAGUGCAGAAGAGAAAAAUGGGGAGGGAGACAAUAGCAAAAGCAUUUCUUGA